AUGUUUACCACGAGAACGGCCCUGCGAGCAGGCUACGCAAUUCCACCCCACGACAAGAAGGAUGAUGACCUCGGCGGACCCGGCGGCCAAGAGGCGCCCAACCCAGAGCACAGGAAGAGAACAAACAGGAGUCUUGGUGGCCAGGCUGCCAUGAUCAUCGCGCUGGGCGUGGGCUGCGUCGCCAUCUUCAGUACCUUUGCAGCACCGAGACAGAUUGCGCAGCACCAGAUCGAUAAUGACACAGUCAUAGGCGGGCCGAAUUCGAAUACGGGAGGGUCGUUGGCCAAGGUGAAGCAUCGAGAGGGGACCAAGACGUCGCACCAGCUUCAUGACGAGCAGACUGGGUCGAGUGUCUUGGGCAACAAAUAG